AAUAAACGGCAUCAAGUUUGUAAAUACAAGAUUUAACAUUAUGUAAUUUAUUUCCGUAGUAGGUUCGUCGAACGUUGGCAAACGUGUUUAAAACAUAACCAAUAAAUUUUUGCGUUUAGUGUUGUGUUUAAUUUUAAUUAUGUCCGAGGGAAACGCGGGUGUUACCGAGGAACAAGAGGCGGCCGCCUUUCUGCGAGAGAAAUUCCUGUACUUUAUUUCGACAUUGCCAGGUGCCGGGAAAACGUGCAAAAUUCGGAUGUACGACAACACGGAGGUGACGGCGCAGCUAAAAGCGUUCGACGCCAACUUCGACCACGUCGUGGUGGAAAACUUGAAGACGCACCUGCCGCAGCCUUUAAAGAAGGCGAUUUUAAGAACCAGCGACGUGAUAUCGAUAUCCUAUGAUACCGAUUAGUUGAGGUUAUGUGAAUUUCGGUUGGCGCAGGGACAUAAAAACUUUGAUUUAAAUUUUGUAAUUUAUAACUCCUGGAGGAGUACCGGAGAUUUUAUCAAGUUGGCAGCGCCAAACGAGGUAGAGCGAGCAAUAAAUUUACACUAUGGCAAUCCUGUUUGCUUUUAGAAC